UCCUGCUGUCACACAGCGCGAUGGCAGCUCUGCGCGCUCCGGCGCCGUGUCCUGCCGCGCGCUCGGGAAGACAGCACUAACUCAUGCGCCAAGCAACAAGCUGCCAGUGCCGGGAUCGACCUGCGCUUCUCUUUCUCUUCCGUUGGACUUCCAAGGCUGCUUUUUCUUCAUUUAGGGACACGUUGGGUGUGAUCGUCACGAACAAAGUGUGUUUCUGGUGGCUGCUAAAUCAGCCUUUAUUUCUACCAAGAGAUCCCGAGAAAUAAGAGGGAAAGGUCUGCUUGCAUAGCCUUUUUAAAAAGGGAAAGAGCAGCGUUGUGGUUGGUGGUGGUUUUUUUUUGUUUUGUUUUUGUUGUUGUUUUAAUUUUUCCUCGUCUGUUUGGAUUUCUUUUUAAACUUACAAAAAAUGGCAACAGCAGCAUAUGUGGAUCAUUUUGCAGCAGAGUGCCUUGUUUCUAUGUCCAGUCGUGCCGUUAUCCAUAGUCCCAAAGGGGAGCCUGAUCACCAACCUGAUGCAGCAAUACCUCCUUCAUUAAGUGGAGAAGAUAAGCGGGAAAUCAGAGAAACCGGGAAAGACAAUGGAUCAACAUUAUUGGUGGUAGCUAGCAUUUUAGCAGACCUGAACCAGCAUGUCACAAACUCACCCGCUCUGGGGAUGGAAGAACCUGAGACCUUUGAUGUCACAGAACAAAUACACAUUUCUAUGGUUCCUAAGGAGUUUGGGGAAGAAAGUGUGUCUUCGGCUGGUAAGCGUGGAGAAGGAAGAGCUGCCACACCUACUAGCCUGGCUGCACUAACUGAGCCAAGCCCCAGACAAAAGAACAAACGCACAAGAAGCUGGACUGACCCUGAAUCACCCCAGAAAAAGCACAAAUGCCACUAUGUGGGGUGUGAAAAAGUUUAUGGCAAAUCUUCCCAUCUUAAAGCUCAUCUAAGGACCCACACAGGUGAACGGCCUUUUGAAUGCAACUGGCAAGGGUGUAACAAGAAGUUUGCUCGUUCCGAUGAGCUGGCCCGCCACUACCGCACCCACACUGGAGAGAAGAAGUUCAGCUGUCCACUCUGCGAGAAGCGCUUCAUGCGCAGCGACCACCUCACGAAGCACGCCCGCCGCCAUGCUAACUUCCAUCCAAGCAUGCUCAAGAGGCGAUGUGGAAGCAGUUCAAGAACAGGGUCUGUUAGUGACUACAGCCGUUCUGAUGCCUCAAGUCCAACAAUUAGCCCUGCCAGCUCCCCAUAAACCUGCCUGCACUGGAUGUCAGCACUUUGCCUCUAAUACCUAACGUGGAGUUUUGUUUGUGUUGCACACAUUUAAAAAACUCUGUUGCUUCCCCUCCUCAGCUCCCCACCCACCUUUGGUUUUAAUAGCUGCCUCCCACUGCAAUUUCCAGUCAAAUUUUCUUUAUCCAACCACACAAGUGGCUGUUCUAACCUCAUGGACAGACUUACAUGUUACACUUAAUGACUCCUGCUGUCUCAGUAUUUCAUACAUUUUGCAACCAUUUACGGAUCCUCUUGAUUAUUCUUUAUAAGAAAAUGAGAAAAUCUAAAAAAAAAAAAAUAUCCCCACUUAAUUCACCUCAGGUGUCAAAGUAGUUUUUUAAGACCUGAUUGCACAACAUGAGCAUACAUACACUUACAAAUCAACUGUGUUGGAUUGUGUCCCCCUUCUCCUUUCUCAGGGAUGGAUAUUUAUAUUACACAAUAAUUACAAUGAAGACACACCCUAACCGCAGCCUUACUUUGUAAAUAUAUUUGCACUUGGAAGCUUUUUGUUAGGUUCUUUCACACACUGGGGAAAAAUAACAAACAAACAAUACAAAACCCAAACCAGUACUGGAAUGUAGUACCAGACUCUUCCAUUGCUUGUUUUCCUGAUUACAUACAUUGGGGAGGGUCCAAACUGGAGUCCUGUCUUUCUUCAGGCUGGCCUAUGCUUUUGAUAGCAAGUCAUCUUUUCACUUCAUGCGGAAGAUGCUCCAAACCCAACUUCCUAUUGCAAAAAUCUCUGUGAGGUUGAUGAACUUGUUUGUUUUAUGCUAGAUAAAAUUCUGAGGAAACAAAAUCUAAAUUAGAUGCCUUAAGUAAAUAACCUAAAUCACGAGGAAGCAUUUUACACUGGACAACAUUCGAUUGCAAGGUGGCAUGGAAUCUCAGAGGCAUUCUGUUGUCACUCUCUCCAAGUUGUAAGCUCUCUGCACUGCCUGUUCAGUAUGGGACCAACAGAAUAUUCAAAGCAGACAGAAAUGAAACCAUACUGACUUCUUGAUUCUUUUUUUUUUAUGAACUGUGGAAAUAGCAUAACUGAACCUAUGCCCACCAAAACUUUCAUCAAGGUACUUACCUACCGUACAGCUGUAUCUUAGGAAGACAGACUGGUUAAGACAUAGUUUCUGUAUCCUGUUUCAUCACCACCAUUGUCACUGAUAAAAGGAAGUGAAAAUCAUAAGAAUAUAAAGCCAAGCUUAUUGUUACUAAGAAAGACCUGAAGGUUUGUGUUACUCCACCCAUAAUUCCACCUUCCUCUCUAAAAGUUGAGCUUAUCUGCCUUGCUCUAUGAAAUGGGUGCAAGUCAAAAUCAUCACUUCACUACCAGAAUGCAAAUGAAACUAAAGACACUCUUAGAAGCUCAUUCACCCCUGCCACUAACCUCAUCUGCAAAGACCUAAAGUGCAUUAAUGGCCACAUAAAUUCAGUUUUUAUCCUGAUUCUUAGAAAACAGUCCUGGUAAACUUGUGGCAGCUAGAUUUUAUUGUGCGAAUUGUUUAUACCUGCAGACUAGUUGUUCCUUGCUUUUAUAAUAUACUCAUAUUAUCUGUUUACAUAACUGCAAAAGUAUGUAUUUAUAGCAAGUCAUCAGAAGUCUCUGAUGGUAACACCUAACUCAUGUACAUGUCCUACCCUCCUCACUGCACUAACCCUUGCAAUACCUUUCAGCUGUGGGAGCCUCUGUACACCUUUAAAACCUCAUUACCUUCUGUGCAGCUGUUAAGUGAUUUCCAUGGUUCAUGCAGCCAGGCAGUAUGAAGCUGUGUAAGGACCUUACCUAUUUCUCACUAUUCAUGAUCACAACUGCUUUUCUCCAGCAGAAUCUGUACUGUGUGAAGUGCUUUUUUGUUUUGGGGAACAUGGUCUGUGAAGAAAGAGUAAGGAAAAUGAACUCUGCAUACUUUAAGCUUACCUUUUCAUUGCCAUUUAAUUUACUAAUUUCAUAAGGUAAUGCCAACAGACCGACUUUCAGGUGCUCUUUUACUCCAUCACACCACAUGUUUGUGCAUUAGGUUCUAACAUAUAGUCUAUGUUAGUGAGUGGUAUGAUGAACGUCUGUAUUUUUAACUCUUUUGGGAUAAAGCUAUAUCUCCUUAGGCAGAAAAAAAUAACAGAAUUAUACUUGUUUACCCCAUAAGCGAGAAUAUAAAAUGCAAAAGCCUAUUUGGUGGUAUAGGGGUUUUUAUAUAUAAAUAUCUAUAUCUAUGGAUUUAUAAGCAUAUGCACAUAUAUAAAAAUAUGUAUGUAUGUGUAUAUUGCAUAGUGCAUGUGUGUAUACAUAAAUACACAGCAAUGUGUAUACACUACACACCAAAUAAUUAACGGAUGUCUACAGAGCAAAAAUAGGUAUCCAUUUCAUUAGAACUAGUGAUGGGGCUGAACCAAAAUCCUAGAUACAAAUGCCACUGCAUUUGGAAAGUGUGAACCUGUGUUUUGAGAUUUGUGGUUGGGUUCCAUCUCUGGUCACAGCUGCAGUUAUGUGUCUAUAUAUACAUUCUGGGUUUCUGUGUGUGUGUGCAUGUGUGUGCUUAUUCACAAGCACAUGCCUGUGUGGGUGACAGGAAUAUAUGUGCCAGUAAGUGUGCAUGGGUUUACAUAUAUACUUCCUGCUUUGGUGAACUAUGAUGUUGCCAUGUCAUCUUCACCUGUACAGUUUUGUCAGCAGCACAUGAAUGCUUCCUUGGGUCACUUUGCAACUCUAAAUCACUACAUUGAAGUAUUACAGUUGUACAGUUAUAUGUUCAUCUAUUCUUGCUCUGCUGUAACUUUUUAUGUAUUUUGUACCGCAUAGAUUAUAUAUUGUGAUAAUGUCCUAUGCAACAACAGCAAAGAAGGGAAAAAAAAGGAAAAAGGAAGAAAAUUAACAGCUGUAAAAUAUUGUCUUAACUUGUAUGCAUGGUUAGUGACGUUUACAUUUCCCAAAAUAAAACAUAACUAUGAA